GUCAACUCCAACUUCCUGCAUUAUCGUUGAACACUUGUAGAAGGUUGACAGCUGCCAAUCAGCUGACCAAUCAGAACGCUCGUUUCGUCUCGCCUGAACGUUCUUUCUCAACUUUUCCACAGCGCGUCUUGGGGGAGUCCACCUGUCCAUCAAUUACACCUGAUAUCAUCCAUCAUCGAAACCCAUCGCCACUGUCCAUCGUCUUACUUAUCUCGACCACAUUUCUGCCACGGCACACACACAUACCAAACUUCAAGCCGACACAAAUUCUAGCCUGACAAGAAGAAAUACAACAACACCGAGAACAACAUGGAUUACCAGAACCGCGCGGGCUCCAAAUUCGGCGGCGGCGGCGUAGCCUCCCACUCCGCCACCAACGCCGACCGCCGCGAGCGUCUGCGCAAGCUCGCCCUCGAGACUAUCGAUCUCGACAAGGACCCCUACAUCUUCCGCAACCAUCUCGGCUCCUUCGAGUGCCGUCUCUGCCUGACAGUCCAUCAAAACGACGGCUCCUACCUCGCCCACACCCAAGGCAAGAAGCAUCAGACGAACCUAGCGCGCCGCGCCGCCCGCGAGCAAAAGGAAGGCAAAGGCGAAGUCGACCCCCAAACGGGUCUACCCGUCGGCGUCGUCGGCGCGGGUUUCGCCGCGCUCGGCUUAGGUGCCGGCGGCGUGCGCAAGAACGUGGUCAAGAUCGGUCGACCCGGAUACAAGAUCACGAAAGUGCGCGACCCCAUCACCCGCCAGCAGGGAUUGCUGUUCCAGCUGCAGUACCCGGAUAUUGCGACGGGCGUCACGCCCAAGUGGCAGGUCAUGAGCGCGUUCAGCCAAAGGGUCGAGGAGCCCGACAGGAACUACCAGUACCUCCUGGUGGCGGCGGAGCCGUACGAGACGUGCGGGUUCAAGAUCCCGGCGCGCGAGCUGGACAAGCGCGAGGACAAGCAGUUUGAGUUUUGGGACCCGGAUAGCAAGGAGUACUGGGUGCAGAUCAUGUUCAUGACGGAGCGCGAGGAGCGGUUUAAUGCGGCGCCUGGGUUGACGGGGAGGAGGUGAUUUGGUUUACUCUUCUGUUAUUGUUUCAGGAGAACGGUUCUUUCUGGUUCGAAUGGGGAAAAUAUGCUUGGAGUUUACGGCGUUCUCUGUCAUUAUUCGUGUCACGGUCAGCGCCGCUUCGGCUUCCCGGACGUACCCGAAGUCACAUUGAGGUCGCAUGAGGACCCUUCCCGCUAGAAAGAGGAUGGAAGGGGGAUGUAUGAUCACUGGAAGUUGCGUCGCGGAACAGGUCACGAUCCGGUCAUCGGCCUUCGUCCAACGGCGACCUGACUUGGCAUUACGCAAAUCCAAGGAUGCUUUAGACGUACGGCCUGUCUGAAGCACGACGAUGGCCGUUGAGCAUGGGCGACGAAUCCGGA